AAAAACAACAAACCUAACCUCUAAAAAUUAAUUUUAUGAAAUUUAUUUAAACUUUUUUUUACAACUUCUCGGUCCUUUUGGCUCGAUUUCCUUUAUACAAAAUUUACAAUGUGGUUCGAAAUUUUGCCCAGUUUCGCUAUCAUCACGGUUCUUAUGGCCAUGCCUCACGCCUCGGCUUAUGUAAUCAAUAAAUUGGUGGUUGGUAACAUGUACAGGCGUAGCCUCCUCAAUAAAGAGCAAAAAGAUCAAUAUUUGAGAGAUUGGAGGAUCAGUGGGGAUGCCUAUGUUACCCAUGGUUUGGAAGCCAUUCCAGAUGAAUGAGGAUUUUACCUUUACCUUUUUGAAAAUGUAGUAUACUAGAUUUUAAGAAUAAAAUAUAUACACUUUAUUUAAGCACAAAAUUAUAUUGUUUAAUUUGAGGGAGUGGCUACUGCACUGUCUAACAGACAGUGGUGACUGGAAACUAUCUGCACUGACCAGACAGUGCUGACUAAAAUCUAUACAACAAUCAACACUGUCUAAACAAAAAAACCCAUUUGCACUGUCAAGAUAAUUUCAUUAAUUAGUUAUAUUUGUAUUGAGCGCGCAAAAUAACUGUGCAAAGUAGUACUUUUCCGUGCUCAAAGUUACACUUUUCCGCACUCCGUCCGUGUAAAGUACUACUUUGCGCACACUCGUAGGAAAAAUGUCGUUUUUAUUUUGCAUGCGAUAAUGUGGCGAUAACGACAUUUAUUUAUUGUGUGAAUAUUUGGCCUCCCUCUGACCUGUAAAAAUUGACACUCCCAGACAAGGAUAAUACACACCUCUAUUGCUCCAGGAUAGCCUUUCCUCAUAAGGCCUGUAUGUAACAAAUCUGAAGCCCCCAUCACGCCAAAUCACCAGUUGUGACGUAGACAGCAUGUCAUUCCUCGCCUUGACGUAGACUGUUUGCACCACAGAAUACGAUUUCGUGGGUUUUUCUUUGCUUAUUAUGUUAAUGAAAAUUAAAUAAUAUUUUUCAUGAUAAAUUUAAAUUCAUAAAUUCUAAAUUACGAUCUCUAGUGCAAACAGCUGACGACUUGUUAAUGACGUCGGAAAUGGUGACAUACCAAUAUGGCGGCAAUUACCAAAAACGAGGCCGAUAAGCAAUCCUCAGUAGUCUGUUUUAUCUUUGUAUUUUAGGUACCAUUAAAGAAACACUCAUUUUGAGCACUUAAUACAAAAAUCAAUUAUAAAUUUGGAAAGUGCAGUAGUCACUUCUUUAUUAAUUUAAAUACAAGUCAUUCCUAUUAUGAUUUAACAUUGGAAGCCCUCGGGUUCAUAGUUGCAGUGGUUGGGUUUGGUACCGUUAAUUUGAACGCUGGUCCAGUGCCAGUUAUCGCAGGCA